AUGUGCUGUCAGUGCCGUGAAACCCCGCGCUGCAGCACCCAAGACCUCGGCACGUUCAUUUUCUGGAAAUACACAGCGGCUUCACAAUAUCCCCGCAAUUGGAUUUUACAAGAUGUUGUACUGAGGAGGAGGUUGAACUCUGCUCUACCGACAGCAGAACGCAAUGCACACGGUAACGCUGCAGCGCGCUGUGCCUUAACAACAACAACAAAAACCUUUGGAAGGGAAUUUCGGAGUCUUCAGAAAACAGAAAAGCACAUCUCUCUCAAAUCGAGCAGAGAAAGUUCCUUCCAGCAACCUGCGAGCACGCUCGGGCACGCUCACUUCAAAUGCUGCAGGCGCAGAGCAGGGAAGGGAAAGCGAGGGCAGCAGAACGGGCAGGAGGGCUCCGUGCAGGAUCCGCGUUUUUUCCCUGCACCUUCUUCACCACGGAAUGACCAAGGAGCCGAGGACACGCCGUGCUGGGGAACGCCCGCGGGAACGGCACGGUUCUGCAGGGAGUCGGGACGCGGACCGAGCGGCUCCGUGUUACAAACGGCCCUUUCCCUCUCCUUCUUAUUGCCUAAGAUAGGAAUGUUCAAAUUCAAGAAUGUGCUUUCAAAUCCACAGCACUCCGGGGUAAUAUUAAAUGAGCUCUAUUUAAUAAAACACAUUCCAAGUUGUUAUUUUGAUUGGAGCUUUAUAUUUUUGUCUUGCAAUAAGUAG